CUUUUAGGUUGCAGAUCUUUGUUGAUUAACGAAUGGCAAAGUGCGAAGUGUUCAUAGAUUCAUGGUGCCAACUAAAUAAUAAGAAGUUAACGAAGCCAUUCAUGGUCUUAGCUUGGAUCCUCUUUUCCAAGCAAAAGGGUGUCAUUUUCAGGCAGGACAGAGCAGGAGACAAUGAUUUGAACCAAAAUUGUAGCCAUUGUUUUUCUUGUCCUCAAGAGUGCAGUGCAUCACAUGUCUUCACAUCCUAUUGGAAACAACUUCUAUUUUUGCCUAUAAAAAGAGGCCAACCAGAACAUUUUCAACCAAGUUCAAGGUUUCUCUCCAAUACCAUACAUAUAUUCAACUACCAUGGCUAUGUUACCCACCAAACGCUUCUUUCUCCUUGCUCUUCUCUUCCUUUGUUUUCUUUCCAUUAAUGCUACAGCCAGAAGUUUAAGAGAGACUAAGGAUGAAUUAGCUCCAGUUUCUGCAGAAAAGAGCCAUGAAAAUCAAGUUAAGGUAAACCAAGGAGGGGAACAGGAACAAGACACUGGUGACUUGACAACAAUGGACUACACUCCUGCAAAAAAGAACCCUCCAAUUCAUAAUUAGUUCUUAGCUUCUUUUAUUUUCAGUUUUGUUAGGAAGAGCAUACAAUUAAUGCUUUUUCUGGGAUUCUGAACUUUGAUGAAACUAGCAAGUUCUACCUAGUUGUUUUGAUCAAGAACUAGUAACUUCAUGAACUUAGAAGUUAGAACUAUGUAAAUAGGUCUUCAGCUAAGGGGGGCAUAGAGUUGAUAGAAUUUGCAGAGGUGCCAAUCAUAAAGAACACAGAUGCAUAAUAUAAUCAUUCUUGUCUUUUCGAUUC